AUGCCUACUGCUAGAGGGGAACGGGAAGAGGCUCUAAUGGAUCGGUUUAGGUAUGACUAUCACAUGCUGGUGUCUGAGAUCGUGUCGGAGUCCGGCCUUGAAGACUGCUACGAUUUUCUCGAGCUGCUGGUGAAGUCCGGCAGGGGCAACAACCGCGGAUUCGCUUUCAUCAAUCUCAAGAAUGAACUCUUCACGGCUAUGUUUGUGGAUAGGUUCCAGGGAGUUCACCCCUCCCUCGAUCGACGGCCCCUCACAGAGAAAUUUCUGCUGGCUCCCGUAGCCAACGAGAUCGCCGGGUUGGAAGUUCGUGACGCUUGA